ACUAAACUAAACACUCGACUGACAACUCUCAAUCUGACUGUACAAGAUGCCGAUCUUCGGCUUAGGAGUUUGGACAAUGGAGAAAGAUGGCAUUCGAACGCCAUCUCGGCCGUGCUGAUCAUGGCCACGUUAUUGAGGCUUGCAAGGACAGUCUCAAGAAACUUCGAACUUGAUUAUCUCGAAAUUUACCUUGUUCAUUACCCCGCACACUGGAAGUGGCGGAGGAGAAGUACAAAAGGACAGGGGGCACAGGUUGUGCUGAGGUGGUGAUACCAAAGACAUGGAGAGGUUGGAAAAGAAUUUAUAAGGUUUAGGAAUUGGAAUCGACAAAAGAGGACAUGGAGGUGUUGAAAAGCAUGGACCGUACGAACCAACCGGCCAAGUUUUGGGGGGGGGGGGGGCAUUGAUCUCUAUGUUUGAAUGAUGAUCAUAGCUCUUGUCUUUAUUAUUUGUUAAAAACAGAUUCUGAUUUUCCACAAGGAAAGAUCGUAUGGAAAAGACGAGGUUGUCCUUUAUACGGGUUCUAGCUUGGUAGUAUUAGAGAUGAGGGCAUGUUAGUAAAAUGACAAGUAUUGAGCUCUUUCUUUCUUUCUGCUUCUCUCGUCAUUCGACUGUACUCAUCUUUCUUCUCCCUGCCUGCCUUAAGAUCUCUUUCUUAAUCAAUAUAUUAUCCGUUUGCCUGUUUCUUCUACAAGCUCAAUGGAGAAUGGUGGGCAGUGUGCAAAUGGGUCUGAUUACUUAAAAGGAGCACACUCUAUGUGGAAUAUGCUGCCUCACCAUCAGAUCAAAGAGCAACACAAUGCCUUGGUCAUGAAUAAAAAGAUCAUGUCCAUCCUCGCCGAAAGAGACGCCGCUGUUCACGAACGAAACCAAGCUGUCUCCGCCAAAAUCGAAGCCCUUGCAGCUCGGGACCAAGCCCUUCUGCAACGGGACAAAGCCCUGGCCGAAAGGGAUAAAGCUUUGAUUGAGAGGGACAAUGCUUUUGCUGCCCUUCAACACCAUGAAAACAGUCUCAACUUUGCUUUGUCCGGUGGGAAGCGCUGUCAAGGAGCGGAUGAUGAUGAUGAUGAUGUUUUGUUCACUAUUGAUGAUCUCUGCCCUACUACAUCAACUAACACGACCAAGGCAAUCAAGAGGAAAAAAGAGAACAAACCAAAAGGAAAGAAAGUGGGUGAAGAUCUGAACCUUCUGGUUGCUGCUCCUGGAAAGAAACGUAAAAAAGAUUGGGACACUAACCAUUUCGGUUUAAACUUGGUCACCUUCGACGAAAAGACUAUGCCCGUGCCGGUUUGCACGUGCACGGGCUCUGCGCAUCAGUGUUACAAAUGGGGGAAUGGUGGUUGGCAAUCGUCUUGCUGCACGACCACUUUGUCGCUGUAUCCAUUACCGCAGAAGCCAAACAAGAGGCAUUCUCGGGUGGGCGGUAGGAAGAUGAGCGGGAACGUUUUCUCCAGAUUACUAAGCCAUUUAGCAGCAGAAGGAUAUGAUCUCUCGUCUCGUGUUGACCUAAAAGACUAUUGGGCUAGGCACGGCACCAACCGCUACAUCACUAUUAAGUAACUAGCCUCAACUGUCUUCGGCUCUUAAUUCUUAAGUUUAGGUGUUUUGUCUAUGGUAAAACCAAAUAUGUUAAAUAUGUUUUGAUUUGAAAAACAAAUCUCAACUGUUUUCAGAUUACACAAUCUUAAUUUUCAUUUUCCAGUUGGUGAUUA